GGGGAAACAGAAAACCAAAAAGUUUGCAGCAAUGAAGAGGAUGAUUAAUCUUAGAGAUCAAAGAUUAAAAGAAAAAGAUCGGGCCAAAGCAAAAGAGAAAAAGAAGAAAGACCCCUCCGAGCUGAAAGAACGUGAGGUCCCAAAGUAUCCGUCAUGCCUGUUCUUCCAGUACAACACUCAGCUUGGCCCUCCAUACCAUAUUCUAGUCGAUACUAAUUUCAUCAACUUCUCCAUCAAGGCCAAGCUGGAUAUUGUCCAGUCAAUGAUGGACUGUUUGUAUGCCAAAUGUAUCCCAUAUAUCACAGACUGUGUAAUGGCGGAGAUUGAGAAGCUUGGAAUGAAAUAUAGGGUUGCACUCAGGAUAGCCAAGGAUCCGAGGUUUGAGCGCCUGCCAUGCGCACACAAGGGAACAUAUGCUGAUGACUGUUUGGUCCAAAGAGUAACACAGCAUAAGUGUUACAUCCUGGCUACUGUGGACAGAGAUCUUAAGAGAAGGGUGAGGAAGAUCCCUGGAGUCCCCAUCAUGUACAUCUCAAACCACAGGUACAACAUUGAACGGAUGCCUGAUGACUAUGGAGCCCCAAGAUUUUAG